AUGGCGGAUCUCAAGCCUCCGUUUACCGAAGAAACAGCAAGGAAGAAAGUCAAGGUAGCCCAAAACCUCUGGAAUACCCAAGAUCCCGUACGCGUUGCUCAGGCAUACACGCCGACGUGCAUUUGGCGCAACCGCAGCUCAUUCUUCUCCGGAACAGAGACUAUCAUCGAUUUCCUAACAUCGAAGUGGAACCGCGAGAAGAAUUACAGGCUACGAAAAGAACUUUUCUCGUAUACCGAUGACCGUAUUGCUGUUCAGUUCUGGUACGAGUUUCAGGAUGCCAGUGACUCCAUGCGGUGGAAGCGGUGUUACGGACUUGAAGACUGGACGUUCGAUAGGGAAACAGGGAAAAUGCGUAAGCGGAUGAUGAGCGGAAAUGAUAUCCUACUUGGGCCUGAUGGGAAUGGUGAAGGGCGGUGGUUUGUGGAUGGAGUUGAUGUUGAGGAUGUAGAUAUCGGGGAGGAGCACUGGUGA